AUGCAAACAUCUUUUUCAUUCAGAUGGAACCAAGAAGAUUUUCUUGUUGGAAAAUGUAAUUUUGAAAUGGGAGAAUGCAAUGAACUUCAUUUGUGUCGUCGCUUUGGCUCUUGUAACGUUAAAGAUUGUCGAUUUCCACAUGAUUUUACUUGUGGAAAUUAUCGUCCUAUUGUUGAACAGGUUCACUGUGAAGAUAUAAAUCCAAUAAUACUUGUUCGUUUCAUCCGACUUAAUACACAAUUGUCUCAUGAUUCAUCCAAGGCUUCAGCUGCUUCGUCGAUUUUUUCUAAACUACCAGAUAUGGCAUCAUCUUCAGUACAGUCAAAACUUAUUCAACCAGUUUUCGAGCUAAGUAAACAUAUUCAUUCACGGCCAAAAACAGGACGUAACAAGUGUUAUAGAGCAUUUGGUGAAGAUAAUACACAUCCACGUGGAGUUUUUUCGUUCGUAUUCAACAUGAACUAUCAAGUCGAUAUCAGUUUUCCAUCAAAAUCUUGUGUUCACGAUAUCACAAUUGAAGAAAUCGUGAACUUCUUAAAACAGCAAUGUCUACCUGUCAAAAACAUAUUCGGUCCAAAACAAAAUGAAUAUUUUAAACAAUAUACGCUCUUAUUUCAAGAGUAG